GCUACUCUAAUACAAACUUUAAUUCAGAGACCUUCUGCACUUUAAAAAAAAAAAAAUGUUCCCCUUAGUAAUAAACAGUUACAAUAUGAGACGUUUAGAUGGUAAGGACGCCCAAUAUAAAUGCAUGUGUUGCGUUCCCUCGCACAUCACAGGCGGAGUUUGUAGCGCGAAGAUGAAAAACUCCCUGUGCAAAUGAUUACAGCGCUGCGGGAGACGCUUCAUCACACUCUGAACACAGCAGCACAAAACCGGACAUCUACUCGCAGCAAGAGUGUGAACUGCUUGAAGCAAAGAGCCUGUGAUAUCUUGCGGAUUAGUAGCGUCAUAGCUACUCGAGAUGGAGAAUCUGUAAUAGUUAUCGAUCGAGGGCGCUGAGAAUGAAGAGUUUAUGUCUCCUGCAAUACCCUGGGGGAAAUUACCUGUGUGGUUUUUUGUGACGUGUGGAUUUACCUUUUUUUCUGCCUAAACUUCCAUUUUUAUGGAUCUUGGGGAGAAAUGUAGAAAUAUCCAGACAAGCAGCACAAGCCAACCGCAACAGCACUGGGAGUAUUCGCUAUCAACAUCUCAGUGGGAUUAGCCCAAAGAGGAGGUCUUCCUGAGACGGAUAAAACGGGAAGCAAAAGACGAUAAUAAAUGACAUUUCCCAUCGACUUGGUCAGACAUCAGUGAAGGAACGUCUUGUCAGAAUGUUGUUCAAGCUGAAGUUGAUGCACUCGGGGUGGGGUGGAAUCAUGGAUUCACGACACGGAGCGGUCACCAUUACCUUCUGUGCCUUCUUUAUGCAAGUGUUUGUGGAAGCUAGCUCAUGGUGGUCUCUAGCGAUGAAUCCCCUCCUGAUACCAGAAGCGUAUAUCAUAGGAGGACAGCCGCUGUGCAGUCAACUAGCUGGACUGUCUAAAGGUCAGAAGAAGCUUUGCCAGCUGUACCAAGAUCACAUGCAGUUCAUUGGAGAGGGCGCCAAGACAGGCAUCCGGGAGUGCCAAUACCAGUUUCGCAACCGCCGCUGGAACUGCAGCACAGUGGACAACUCCUCAGUGUUUGGCAGAGUCAUGCAGAUAGGGAGCAGAGAGACAGCAUUUACAUAUGCUAUCAGCGCCGCUGGCGUGGUCAAUGCAGUGAGCCGUGCCUGCAGAGAGGGGGAGCUGUCGAGCUGUGGCUGCAGCAGGGCAGCGAGACCUAAAGAUCUGCCACGAGACUGGUUGUGGGGCGGCUGUGGUGACAACCUCAAUUAUGGAUAUCGCUUCAGCAAGGAGUUUGUGGAUGCACGUGAACGGGAAAAAACUUUCACCAAAGGCUCUAUGGAGAGUGCAAGACUGCUGAUGAACCUUCAUAACAAUGAGGCAGGACGGAGGAUAGUAUCAGAUCUUGCCCAUGUGUCCUGUAAGUGUCAUGGCGUGUCCGGCUCCUGCAGCCUUAAAACGUGCUGGUUGCAACUUGCUGAUUUCCGCAAGGUGGGUGACGCACUGAAGGAGAAAUACGACAGCGCCGCUGCCAUGAGGCUGAACAGCCGCGGGAAGCUUGUUCAAGUUCACUCCAAAUUUAACUCUCCUACCAGCAAUGACCUGGUAUACAUCGACCCCAGUCCAGAUUACUGCGUAGAGAACAAAACUACCGGCUCUUUAGGAACUCAAGGUCGCCUCUGUAACAAGACGUCCGAAGGCAUGGAUGGCUGCGCACUCAUGUGUUGCGGUCGAGGUUACGAUCAGUACAAGACACAGCUGGUUGAGCGUUGCCACUGCAAGUUUCACUGGUGCUGCUACGUCAAAUGCAAGCACUGUUCACGAACAGUUGACCAGUUUGUGUGCAAGUAGUAGCACGAGGCACGUAAUGAGAGCAUGUGAAAGAAGAUGAGAAGGAAAAACUAAAAUGAUUUUUUUUAGAGCUGAAAUCAUUAUGAGACUGAUUGGUUUCUUGCUAUCAGUUUCUAAGUACUAGGUACAAGACAUCUAAACUGCAAAUAUCAUUAUAUAUUUAUUUUUUUAUAAAUAUGAUUUUGAAAUACU